AUGAGAAGUAAGAAUCAGACAGCAGUGACUGAAUUUGUAUUCACUGGCUUUCCUCACAUGCAGGAAGGUGGGCUCUUGUUCUUUAUCCUCCUGCUCCUUAUUUAUCUGUUCAUCAUCAUUGGAAACCUUAUGGUCUUCUUUGCCAUCAAACUGGAUUCCCGCCUGCACACCCCCAUGUAUUACUUCAUCAGUGUUCUCUCUUUCCUGGAGAUCUGGUAUACCACAACCACCAUUCCCAAGAUGCUCUCCAAUCUAGUCAAUGAGCAGAAGACCAUCUCCCCAGCUGGUUGCCUCUUACAGAUGUAUUUCUUUCACUCCCUUGGCAUCACUGAGGCUUGCUUGCUCACCACCAUGUCUAUGGACAGAUACCUGGCCAUCUGUAACCCCCUUCAUUACCCCACAAUCAUGACACCUCAACGCUACACUCAGCUGACUCUAGGUUGUUGCUUUUGUGGUUUCUUCACGCCACUCCCUGAGAUUGCUUGGAUAUCCACACUGCCAUUUUGUGGUCCAAAUCAAAUUCAGAAUAUCUUUUGUGACUUUGAUCCCAUCCUGAAUCUAGCAUGCACGGACACUGGAUCAAUUGUGUUAAUUAAGGUUGUGGAUGUUGUACAUGCUGUGGAGAUCAUCACGGCUGUAAUGCUUGUGGCUUUGGCUUAUGUCCAUAUCAUUGCAGUAAUCCUAAGAAUCCGCUCUGCUGACGGACGCCGAAAGGCCUUUUCCACCUGUGCUUCCCACCUUGCUAUUUUCUUGAUUUUUGGAAGUGUGGCUCUGAUGUACCUGCGCUUCUCUGCCAAGUACUCCUUUUUCUGGGACACAGCCAUCAGCCUAAUGUUUGCAGUGUUGUCACCAUUCUUCAACCCAAUCAUCUACAGUCUAAGGAAUAAAGAGAUCAAGGAAGCCAUAAAAAAGCACAUGUGCCCAUCUACUAUAUUCACACAUCUUAUUAAAUAA